AUGGCAGACUUUUCCAAAGGAAGUUGGUCACUUGUAGAAUCAGAUGCUGCUAUUUAUACAGAUUUGUUAAAAAAUUUAGGAGUUUUUGGUGUUAAAGUUGAAGAAUUACAGUCACUUGACGAAAGUUGUUUUUCUAAUUUACAUCCUGUUUAUGGAAUUGUACUUUUAUAUAAAUGGAGACCAGGAGAAACCACAUGUGGUAAUGUUAAAAAAUCAGUUGAUGGAAUGUUUUUUGCACAACAAGUUAUUGCAAAUGCAUGUACUACACAAGCUUUAAUAAAUCUCGUUCUUAAUAUUACUGACGAAAAUGUAAAUGUUGGAAAGAUACUUGAUGAUUUUAAAAGUCAAACAAUGCUUUUUGAUCCUGCUUCUCGUGGAUUAUGUUUAGGAAAUAAUGAAGCAAUUAGAGAAGUUCAUAAUAGCUAUGCUCGUCAAUAUUUUGAAGGCGAGGUUACGAUACAUCCUGACAAAGAAGAAGCCUUUCAGUAUGUAACAUUUAUUCCAUUUAAAGGUCGUAUUUAUGAAUUGGAUGGAUUACAUGAAGCACCCAUUGAUCAUGGUGAUUAUGAUAUUGUUAAAGGUUGGCUUCCAAAUGUUAUUAAUUGUCUUCAAAAACGAAUCAAGACAUAUAUUGAUGGAGAAAUUAACUUUUUAUUGCUAGCUGUUUGUGCUGAUAAACUUCAAAAGAUGGAAAAGGAUUUGGAAAUUUUAAAAGCUGCUCCAAUGGAAGAUGAAACAAAUAGACAAAUAAUGGAACUUGAAGGUGAAAUACAAAUAGAAUUAGAAAAAAAAGAAAUUAUACGGAAAGAUAAUAUGAGAAGAAGAUACAAUUAUAUUCCGUUUUUGACAGAAUUGAUGAAAGUUCUAGCAAAAGAAAAAAAAAUAACUCCAUUGAUUGAACAAGAAAUAAGAAAAUUAUAA